AUGCACCUAAUUAAUUAAACAAUCAUAUACCUUAGCUAAUCCCGGGGUUCAUCAUUUUUUCAUCAAUCCAUUACAUAUGAUCCUAUAUAACCCCCUUUUAUCACCCCCAAAUUAUAUCAUCAACACAUUGCAUAAUCCCAAAAAAGAAAACCCUAAAAAAAGAAAAUAUGAAAAACCCAACACAUAAUUUUCUCUUAACAAUUGUCUCCCUCCUCAUCACCACCACCGCCGCUGCCGCCGAAACACCAUGGUUCGAAAACCUUUGCAUAAGUAACAAAAACACAACAAAGCUUCAUUUCUACGUCCACGACGUCCGAAGCGGCCCCAACGCCACCUUAUACAACGUCGCCAACUCCUCCAUCACCGGCACCUCCCCCACCGGCUUCGGCCGGAUCAACGUCUUUGACGACCGGGUCACGGCGGAGCCGGACAUCGCCUCGGAGGAGGUGGCGAGAGCGCAGGGGACCACCACUUCUGUGGACCUCCAAGUCUCGGCGGCAUCCAUGAAUCUCAACUUCUUCUUGAAGGCCGGGAAGUUUAACGGAAGCACGGUCACCGUUGUUGGCCGGAAUCAGUUUUCCGACGCGGAGAGGGAGCUGCCGGUUGUCGGCGGAAACGGGGCUUUCCGGUAUGCACGUGGAUAUGCGAUUACAAGGAGCUAUUCUAAUGAUGCGGCAACGAAUUAUGGUGUGCUUGAAUAUACGAUUUAUGUCAGGACUUCAAGAAAAUGUUUUUGAACGUUUUUUAUUAGUAGUACACAUCAUGUGUAUAGUAAUGUUGUUUUAUAUUGAUGAUGUUUGUGGAUUAUGUUAGAAUAAAUGAUGUGUACAUAUUGUCCCACAAUGUAUAAUGUUCAACAUCCGUGAGUACUUUUUUUAUGAAUGCCCUUAUAAACAUUAAUUUA